CCCCCCCCCCCAGCAUAAGCAGCCGUCGCCGCACCUGAGCCGCUACUGCCGCUCGCUCAGGACAGCGCUAUGGCUGAGGCUGGUCACAACCACCAAUCCUCUGCCAGAGGCAGGGGACGGGCCCGGAGACGCGCACCUCAGCUUCUGCGGUUGUUGCUGUGGGCUGGGACCGCCUUCCAGGUGACCCUGGGAACCGGACCAGAGCUUCACGCCUGCAAAGAGUCAGAGUACCACUAUGAGUACACCGCGUGUGACAGCUCGGGCUCCAGGUGGAGGGUCGCCGUGCCGCACAGCCCGGGCCUGUGCACCAGCCUCCCCGACCCCAUCAAGGGCACCGAGUGCUCUUUCUCCUGCAACGCUGGGGAGUUCCUGGAUAUGAAGGACCAGUCCUGCAAGCCAUGCGCUGAGGGCCGCUACUCCCUUGGCACGGGCAUCCGCUUCGAUGAGUGGGAUGAGCUGCCUCAUGGCUUUGCCAGCCUCUCAGCCAACAUGGACAUCGAUGACGGCGCCACGGAGUCCACCGAGAACUGCACUCUGUCCAAAUGGGUUCCCCGGGGUGACUACAUCGCCUCCAACACGGACGAAUGCACAGCCACACUGAUGUACGCCGUCAACCUGAAACAAUCGGGCACGGUUAACUUUGAGUAUUAUUACCCGGACUCCAGCAUCAUCUUUGAGUUUUUCGUUCAGAAUGACCAGUGCCAGCCCAACGCAGAUGACUCCCGGUGGAUGAAAACCACGGAGAAAGGAUGGGAAUUCCACAGUGUUGAGCUGAAUCGAGGCAAUAAUGUCCUCUAUUGGAGAACCACAGCCUUCUCAGUGUGGUCCAAAGUUUCCAAGCCUGUGCUUGUGAGAAACAUUGCCAUAACAGGGGUGGCCUACACUUCAGAAUGCUUCCCCUGCAAGCCCGGCACAUAUGCAGCCAAGCAGGGCUCCUCUUUCUGUAAACUCUGCCCAGCAAACUCUUACUCCAGUAAAGGAGAAACUUCUUGCCACCCAUGUGAUCCUGACAAAUACUCAGAAAAAGGGUCUUCCUCUUGCAAGGCGCGCCCAGCCUGUACGGACAAGGAUUACUUCUACACACACACGGCCUGUGAUGCCAACGGAGAGACGCAGCUCAUGUACAAAUGGGCCAUGCCGAAAAUCUGUGGCGAGGACCUUGAGGGGGCUGUGCAGCUGCCCGCUUCUGGUAUGAAGACCCGCUGCCCACCCUGCAACCCAGGCUUCUUCAAGACGAGCAACAGCACCUGCGAGCCCUGCCCGUACGGCUCGUACUCCAACGGCUCUGAUUGUACCCACUGCCCAGCUGGGACUGAGCCUGCCGUGGGAUUUGAAUACAAAUGGUGGAACACGCUGCCUGAAAACAUGGAAACUACUGUUCUCAGCGGGGUCAACUUUGAGUACAAGGGUCUGACAGGCUGGGAGGUGGCUGGUGACCACAUUUAUACGGCUGUCGGAGCUUCGGACAAUGACUUCAUGAUUCUCACUCUGGUUGUGCCAGGAUUCAGACCUCCGCAGUCAGUUGCAGCAGACACAGAGAACAAAGAAGUGGCCAGGAUCACAUUUGUCUUCGAGACCAUCUGUUCUGUGAACUGUGAGCUCUACUUCAUGGUGGGCAUGAAUUCUAAGACCAACACUCCUGUGGAGACCUGGAAAGGUUCCAAAGGCAAACAGUCCUAUACCUACACCAUUGAGGAGAAUGCCACUGUGAGCUUCACCUGGGCCUUCCAGAGGACCACGCUUCACGAGACGGGAAGAAAGUACACCAGUGACGUUGCCAAGAUCUACUCCAUCAACGUCACCAAUGUCAUGGGCGGAGUGGCCUCCUACUGCCGUCCCUGCGCCCUGGAAGCGUCCGACACGGGCUCCUCCUGUACCUCGUGUCCUGCUGGAUAUUACAUUGAUCGAAGUUCCGGGACCUGCCACUCCUGCCCCACGAACACCAUCCUGAAAGCCCACCAGCCUUAUGGCGCCCAGGCUUGUGUGUCUUGCGGUCCAGGAACCAAGAACAACAAGAUCCACACUCUCUGCUACAACGACUGCACCUUCUCACGAAACACCCCCACCAGGAUUUUCAACUACAAUUUCUCAGCUUUGGAAAACACCAUCUCUCUGACCGGAGUGCCAAGCUUCACUUCAAAGGGGCUGAAGUACUUCCAUCACUUUACCGUGAGUCUCUGUGGAAACCAGGGAAAGAAAAUGUCCAUAUGCACUGAUAAUGUCACUGACAUCAGGAUCCCUGAAGGAGAGGCAGGUUUCUCCAAGUCCAUCACCGCCUACGUCUGCCAGGUGGUCAUCAUCCCCUCAGAGGUGACCGGCUACAAGGCCGGGGUGUCCUCACAGCCUGUCAGCCUUGCUGAUCGACUUGUUGGGGUGUCCACAGACACGACGCUGGAUGGAAUCACCUCCCCAGCUGAACUUUUCCACGCAGAAAACUCAGGAACACCUGACAUCAUCUUCUUUUUUAGAUCCAACGAUGUGACUCAGUCCUGCAGUUCUGGAAGAUCCACCACCAUCCGCCUCAGAUGUCAUCCACUGAAAACUGCCCCUGGAAAUCUGUUGCUACCCAGCAUGUGCGCUGACGGGACCUGCGACGGCUGCAACUUCCACUUCCUGUGGGAGAGCCAGGCCGCCUGUCCGCUCUGCUCCGAGUCUGACUACCACACCUUCGUCAGCAGCUGUGUGGCUGGCAUCCAGAAGACCACUUACAUGUGGCGAGAACCAAAGAUAUGCUCCGGUGGCAUCUCCCUGCCUGAGCAGAGAGUCACCAUCUGCAAGACCAUAGAUUUCUGGCUGAAAGUGGGCAUCUCCGCAGGCACCUGUACUGCCAUCCUGCUCACCGUCUUGACCUGCUACUUCUGGAAGAAGAAUCAAAAACUAGAGUAUAAGUACUCCAAACUGGUGAUGAACGCCACCCUCAAGGACUGUGACCUGCCAGCAGCCGACAGUUGCGCCAUCAUGGAAGGCGAGGAUGUGGAAGAUGACCUCAUCUUUACCAGCAAGAAGUCACUCUUUGGGAAAAUCAAAUCGUUUACCUCCAAGGUAGAGAGGACUCCUGAUGGCUUUGACUCAGUGCCGCUGAAGACAUCUUCAGGAGGCCCAGACAUGGACCUGUGAGGGGCGCCGCCUGUCUCCUCACCCGGGCACGUCACCUCGAAGCCUGUGGUGAUUUGGAUGCCAGCAUCCUGCAAUACCCACUGCUGGAAAGCUCUUCAUUGUGGCCUUAUCAGAAGUUUGGAUUUCAGAUGUUUGUUUUUUAUGGAGUAUCUAAGCUCUUUUCUGCUUGCCUCAAACCUGCCAAAUAUACCCACGUUUUGUUUGUAUAGUA